UACAUGUUUGAUCUGAUCAUUACCUACUCAUAACUCAUCAGAAUGAGAGUUAGUGGAAAUCGUCGAUGCAGAUCCCCAUAACUAGGAUUUUACAACCUCCCAAUCGUGAGGAUGUUCUCCAUCGGACAGCCCAUCAAACGGUCCUUUGUCAGCCCUUCAAGAGUUACAUUUUCAUGCUUCGAAGGAGCAUCGAGGCCAUCUACCUCCAACACCUCAUGUUAUUUCUACAACCAUCCCCUUCGACUAGUUCUUCCCAACUAUAAGAAUUUAGGUACAGAGGAAGUAUAUCUUAUUACUUUCAUCUUAUUAAUAUAGCAAAAUUUGAGAGUGGCUUGUUUUAUUUUUUUAUUUUUUGUUAAUUUUUUUUUAUUUUGCUGUUCGCCCGGGAGCAUUGUGGUCGUGAUCGGCCAUGGAAAAAGGUGGCGGGCGAUGGUUCGGUGGAGGCCAUGAAAAGAAGAGGCGUGGCAUUGCAUCAAGCGAUACCCCUGCCCUCCCUCCCCUUCAAUUCCCUUCCCUUUCCUCAGGCGGGCAGACACGCAGAGGCAGCCUGCUCUGCUGCCGCUCUGCUCUCAUCCCGUCCUCCUCCGCCUCCGCCUCCGCCAUCCGCGUCGGCAUCAGCAUCAGCGGCAGCCCAAACACAAACCCACCCUGCAGAUUCUUUAUCACAGGCACAGAGCUGCCAGCUGCUCCCGCACACACACUUGCGCGAGUGCACAGAGCUGCCACCGGCUGCUGCCCCGCUUGGUACUAUAUACUCCCUCCAUCACGUCGGAGAGCACGCAGGCGUCGGGGCUCCUGAAUCUUGGUCGGUCGGAGACAAGGCGCAUGCACCCGGCCAUGGCGGCGGCGUUCUGCUACGGUGGUGAGGACGAGGACGCGGGGGUUGUGGUGGCGGAGGGAGGCGCUGGAGCUGGGUGGGCGGUCUUCGGCGGUGGCGGCGGUGAGGCGCGGCCGGCCUUCGUCACCCAGCAGCUCUUCCCGACGGCGGCGGCGGCGGUGACUGGGACGGCGACGCAGCAGCAGCAGCAGCAGCAGGCGGUGGAGCGGUGCGUCCUGGCGGGAGCGGCGGGCGCGCACUGGACCCGGCCGCUGUCGAGGACCAAGAGCCGGCGCGGUCCGCGGUCCCGGAGCUCGCAGUACCGCGGCGUCACCUUCUACCGCCGCACCGGCCGCUGGGAGUCCCACAUCUGGGACUGCGGGAAGCAGGUGUACCUGGGAGGAUUCGACACAGCACAGGCUGCUGCAAGGGCGUACGACCAGGCGGCGAUCAAGUUCCGGGGCGUGGAGGCGGACAUCAACUUCCUGCUGGACGACUACAAGGAGGACAUCGGCAAGAUGAGCCUCUUGAGCAAGGAGGAGCUGGUGCAGGUGCUGCGGCGGCAGGGCGCCGGGUUCGUGAGGGGCAGCUCCCGGUUCCGCGGCGUCACCCUGCACAAGUGCGGCAAGUGGGAGGCCAGGAUCGGCCAGCUCAUGGGCAAGAAGUUCGUGUACCUUGGCCUCUAUGACACGGAGAUGGACGCUGCAAAGGCUUACGACAAGGCGGCGCUCGACUGCUGCGGCGAGGAGGCGAUGACCAACUUCGAGCCCAAGGCAGCAGUGGCGGCGUGCGACGGCGAUCUCGACCUGCACUCUUGGGGCGGCGAGCCUGAUCUCGAGCUCAGCCUGGGCUGCUCCGGCGGCGGCAAUCCCUCCACGGUCACCACCGGCGACACCCUCCGCACCGCAGCCGCCCCGGGGAGACAGAGGACGAGCCUGACGUUCGAAAUGCCGGAGGAGGAGGAGGCGACGGCGCCGUGGCACCCUGGCAGGAACAGGAGCAUCUGGAUCAGGCCAUCGCCGACAUCGAUAACGUCCGGGCUGAGGUGCCCGGACGGCGAUCACCGCCCCGCCUUCACCGGCAGCAGCAUGCUCCAUAUGUGCCAGAUCGGCGGAGGCGGCAGGGAAGAGCCACACAUGCCCUGGUGGCCCACUGGCUCCGGCGUCGAUCGUUGGCAGCCGUACGGCGCCGAGGCAGCAGCAGCAGCAUCAUCAGGAUUCCCGCCGGCGCCAGGGCUGGGAGGCGUCCAGCGGCUGCACCAGCACCGGCCGGGCAGCAGGGAGCACCUGUGGCGCUGACGGUGUCGACGUAAGACGUUUUAGGAAGAAGGAACCGCCGUCAGCCUCUCCGGCGCGACGCUGCCACCCCCAUUUUGGUUGUCAAGCAGCUUCGUCGUCGCCGGCGUGGGCGCCCCUGCCGACCCCGGCGGUGCUGAGCAUAGUAGUAGUAUCCAUCCGUAGAGGAGAAGUGGCAACGCUGUAGCUCCAAGCCUCCAAGAACGCUGUAGUGAUAUGCCCAGCAGAUCUUGUCAAAAGCUAAUGAUGCCUUCAGUACAAAUUUCAAUCUGGAUGAUGAUGAUGAUGGAUCUAGUUGAACGAA